UCCCUUCAAUCCAUACAGAAAAAAAGCGGUGACGCAGUACACACAAGACCGCUAUUCGUCGCUCAGGAAACGGACUGUGCUCGAGACCGAUUGCAUUAUGAACAAAUUUCGCCUAGGCAUGCGAACAAUUAUGCAUUGCUACUCAAUUUAAGAACAGGCCAUUUAUUUCAGUUGUAAUGCUUAAUAUUAUUGAGAUAUUAGAUUCCGUGUUAGCAGUGAGCUAGCUAGCUACCUAUCAAGCAUCUUCUGACAGUGACAUUUAUGUCUCUGCCUUGUGCUGUGUUCUCCUUCUUGGAAUGGGAUCACAAACUGAUGUUCCGAACAGCUUAGUGAUUCAAACGAACAAAUCCAGAUCCUCCGUCUCUGAGUGACGCAGCUAUGUAUGUGUUUGGGCCCCAUGGUUGACUGCCAGGUGUGUGUAGUGUUUUUAUUCCCCGUGCUCCUCCAUAGCCAAGCCCAGCCCCAUAUCCCCCAGUCCAAAACCCUAGCACCAUAUCCCCCAGUCCAAAACCCUAGCCCCAUAUCCCCCAGUCCAAAACCCUAGCCCCAUAUCCCCCAGUCCAAAACCCUAGCCCCAUAUCCCCCAGUCCAAAACCCUAGCCCCAUAUCCCCCAGUCCAAAACCCUAGCCCCAUAUCCCCCAGUCCAAAACCCUAGCCCCAUAUCCCCCAGUCCAAAACCCUAGCCCCAUAUCCCCCAGUCCUAGCCCCAGCCCGCUUAACCCUGUGUCAGAGUAUUUUGCUUGGACUAUCCCCUGUCUUAAGCCCUAGCCCCAGCUCCAAACCCGUGCACCUUUUCCCCUAGAUCCUUAUCCUUCCUUUCCUCACACCAGCCCCCUUACCCAUUCAAUUCAAAUCACCCACUUCCAGACCUAGCACCAGCCCCACUCCCAACCCUGUUCCCCCAGCCGCACACUCUAUCCGCCAGCCCAACGCUCUAUCCCCUACCCCUCUCUCCUGGCCCACCACCAUCUAUCUCCAGCCCACGUCCAGCCUCCGUACCAUGCUGGGGAGAAACAUGUCCCAGAAGCUGAGUGGGCUGCUGAUAAUCUUGGGGCUGGCGUGGGGGCUCAUGUUGCUGCGCUACACCGUGCAGCAGCCGCGCCACAAGAGCAGUGGCGAGCUACGCCAACAGAUCCUGGAGCUGAGCCGGCGAUAUGUCAAGGUGCUCAACGAGGAGAACCAGAACACACUGGGAGGACCGCAGGGCCCCUCCAUGGCCGGUUAUGCUGAUCUGAAGAGGACCAUAGCAGUGUUGCUGGACGACAUCCUGACGCGCCUGGUCAAGCUGGAGGGGAAGAUGGAGCUAGUCGCCAACACUUCAGCCACUAACUCCUCCCAUCCUGCAGCAGGCUCCCUGGCCUCAGCUCCAGUUGCCUUACACAAGCAGGACACGCCAGGCAACCACCGCCUGGAAACGCCUCGCCUCCCUCCACAAACACCCAACAGACCUCGCCCAGGGGUAUAGUAGUGUGGGUAGUGAUUGAGGCCUUGUUCAAGUAAAAAGUGCAUCCUUUCUUCUUUAGGUAGUCACUGAUCUAAUAAGGAUGGUCAGGUGGUAACUUUCCUUUCGCUUAUCCAUUCAUUUACAGAUCAGUGAUUAGCUCAUGGGAGGAAGAAAAGAGUGAGGAUGUAUUCUAGAUCAUUUAAAACUAACCUAACCCCGAGAAAGGACUGACUGCCUGUACCUUUCCAAUAACUACUUGGUUGAUUGACAUUUUUUUACAUAGACAUUUGAGCAUCUUUUUUAAUACUCAGUCAUGGACUCUUAGGCAUACAUUUUAGAUUCCCUAAUUGUUUUUUCAUGAAAGGGUCUACAAACUGCGGCUGUCUUUGAGGAUGUCUGUGGGCAGCAACAAAGCAUCAACAACAGUAGAGGAAAUGAACAAAUGUUUGUACUCUGUGGAGUCUUCAAGGAAGCUGAUGAUGAAUAUGAAUGGCACAGCCACCCUGAUAUUUUAUCCCUUGGACAGACCGACUACGAAUUUGCUGUACUGCUUCUUUAAAUCUCAUCCAUAUCAGAAGUUGCUCAACUAAAGAAUGCACUCAUGGUAGUUUUGGAAAUUAUGUAUUUGAGUUUGCAGAAGCUCCUGGUGUUAAUAUGUAGAUUUGAAGAGUCCCUUUUUAGCUGUUUUAUAUAUAUAUGAUAUAAAAAACUAUUUAGCUGUUGUACAUUAUACUUUUUUUUUUAAGGAUAAAAGUGAUAAUCCAAAGAAUUUUAUUUGCACUCUCCUUGAAGGCUUCAAAAAUGUAUUUUUACUUUGAUUUUAGAUUGUGUAUAACAAGUCGAAUGUAACUGUCAAUAAGCAGAUGAUUACCAAGUGGUUACAAUUGAUCAAUUCCAACUUCAUCUCUAUCCUCUUUGUCAGUACCCAGACUGUUAGUCCUUGUUGAUUCCCCUUGCAGAUACGAAUGGUUAGGGCCAGGACUUUUUCCUGACUGACCAGUAAAAAAUCUUAUCCCAA